GCUCCGGAGCGCGCCCGGCUCCGCGACGCCCGUCCUGCCCGGCCCGGCGCGUCGUCCGGCCUUACAGCCGCGCGUCACCCCUAGCGCAGCAGGGACUCGUGGCGACAUGUGCGCGCGGCAGAGGCGCUGAGCGGCCGCGGGAUGUCGGGGCGGGGGGUCGCGGCCCCGGGCUGGGGGCUGCUGUGGGCACUGGCGCUGGCGCUGGACGGGCUGCCGCGGGCGCAGGGCACCGAGGAGGCGCCGAGCAGCGCGCACGGCGCGAGCCAGGGCUUCCAGGUGAUCACCUUCAAGUGGCACCACGUCCAGGAUCCGUACAUCAUCGCGCUCUGGAUCCUUGUCGCCAGCCUGGCCAAGAUCGUCUUCCACCUGUCGCACAGGGUCACCAGCAUCGUCCCCGAGAGCGCGCUGCUCAUCGUGCUGGGCCUGGUGCUGGGCGGCAUCGUCUGGGCCGCUGACCACAUCGCGUCCUUCACGCUCACACCGACCGUCUUCUUCUUCUACCUGCUGCCGCCCAUCGUGCUGGACGCCGGCUACUUCAUGCCCAACCGCCUCUUCUUUGGCAACCUGGGCACCAUCCUGCUGUACGCCGUCAUCGGCACCGUGUGGAACGCGGCCACCACGGGCCUGUCCCUCUACGGCGUCUUCCUCAGCGGGCUGAUGGGCGAGCUGCAGAGCGGGCUGCUGGACUUCCUGCUGUUUGGCAGUCUGAUUGCGGCCGUGGACCCCGUGGCUGUCCUGGCCGUGUUUGAGGAAGUCCACGUCAACGAGGUCCUGUUCAUCAUCGUUUUUGGGGAGUCGCUGCUGAACGAUGCGGUCACUGUGGUCCUGUACAACGUGUUUGAAUCUUUCGUGACGCUGGGCAGUGACAAUGUGACUGGUGUGGACUGCGUGAAGGGCGUAGUGUCCUUCUUCGUGGUCAGCCUGGGCGGCACGCUCGUGGGGAUCCUCUUCGCCUUCCUGCUCUCCCUGGUGACGCGCUUCACCAAGCACGUGCGGAUCAUCGAGCCGGGCUUCGUGUUCGUCAUCUCCUACCUGUCCUACCUCACGUCAGAGAUGCUGUCCCUGUCGGCCAUCCUGGCGAUCACCUUCUGCGGCAUCUGCUGCCAGAAGUACGUGAAGGCCAACAUCUCGGAGCAGUCGGCCACCACCGUGCGCUACACCAUGAAGAUGCUGGCCAGCGGGGCGGAGACCAUCAUCUUCAUGUUCCUCGGCAUCUCGGCCGUGGACCCUCUCGUCUGGAGGUGGAACACGGCCUUCGUGCUUCUGACGCUGGUCUUCAUCUCCGUGUACCGGGCCAUCGGGGUCGUCCUGCAGACCUGGGUCCUGAACCGGUACCGGAUGGUGCAGCUGGAGAUCAUCGACCAGGUGGUCAUGUCCUAUGGGGGCCUGCGGGGGGCCGUGGCCUACGCCCUGGUGGUCCUUCUGGACGGUCAAAAGGUCAAGGAGAAGAACCUCUUCGUCAGCACCACCAUCAUUGUGGUGUUCUUCACCGUCAUCUUCCAGGGUCUGACCAUCAAGCCCCUCGUGCAGUGGCUGAAGGUGAAGAAGCGCGAGCACCGCGAGCCCAAGCUCAACGAGAAGCUGCACGGCAGGGCUUUCGACCACAUCCUCUCGGCCAUCGAGGACAUUUCGGGGCAGAUCGGACACAAUUACCUCCGAGACAAGUGGUCCAACUUUGAUAGGAAAUUCCUCAGCAAAGUCCUCAUGCGAAAAUCAGCCCAAAAGUCACGAGACCGGAUUCUGAACGUUUUCCAUGAGCUCAACUUGAAGGAUGCGAUUAGCUACGUGGCUGAGGGCGAGCGCCGGGGGUCCCUGGCCUUCAUCCGCUCCCCGAGUACCGACAACAUGGUCAACGUGGACUUCAACACACCGCGGCCCUCAGUGGUGGAGGCCUCUGUCUCCUACCUGCUGAGAGAGAAUAUGAGCGCCGUGUGCCUGGACAUGCAGUCGCUGGAGCAGCGGCGGCGGAGCAUCCGCGACACGGAGGACGUGGUCACGCACCACACGCUGCAGCAGUACCUGUACAAGCCGCGGCAGGAGUACAAACAUCUCUACAGUCGACACAAGCUGACUCCAAAUGAGGAUGAAAAGCAGGACAAGGAGAUCUUCCACAGGACCAUGCGGAAACGCCUGGAGUCCUUCAAGUCAGCCAAGCUGGGGAUAAACCAGACCAAGAAGGCGGCCAAGCUCUACAAGCGGGAGCGGGCCCAGAAGCGGAGAAACAGCAGCAUCCCCAACGGGAAACUGCCCACCGAGAGUCCGGUGCAUAACUUCACCAUCAAGGAGAAAGAUUUGGAACUUUCGGACCCUGAGGAGGCCCACGACUACGGUGCUGAGGACAUGAGUGGGGGGAUCGAAUUCCUCGCUGGCGUCACACAAGACACCGCGACGGACUCGGCAGGUGACACGGGAUCCGACGUGCCGCUGACCGGACGCUCGUCCCCGCGCCAAGGGCCGCCCCCCGCCCUCGUAGGGGCCCCCGCCCGCCCCCUGCGGCCGCGAGCCCCGAGCCCCGGCCCCCGCCCCGCCCGCCGAGCCCGCGCUCGCGGAGCCCGCGCCCGUCGAGGCGUCCGACGCGACCCGGGGGCGGGGCCGGCCUCCGAGCGGCGGGGGCGGCUGCCGGGCGCGCAUGCGCGUUCCGCUGCGGCACGCCGUCGUUGCCACAGCCGGCGCUCGUUCAGGCGGCCCCGCGCGCGCCGCCGCCCUGCACUGCUCAAGCUCGCGUCGCUGCCGCCGUCGUGCCACGCGCCGCCGCACGCGCUGGAGCAGGAGGAGACGCCGCUGUAGGGGCGGCAGUGGGGCGCCAGCGGACCCGGAGACCCCCGGACGGCCUCGCGGGAGACCAGGCCGGCUGGCGGGACCGCGCUCCCGGCUCCCCGGGGAAUCCCCUUCCGCGUCCCGGGCGCUUUGCCACCAGGACUCAGGUCCCAGGGCCCUCCGAGCCGUCCAGGGCCUGGGCGCGGGAGCCGCCGGGGCUGCGCGGACAGGGCCCUGCAGAUGCUACGGCUGCCUCCGGGCCCCCCACCCGGCGUCGCACAGACCGCGAGCGCCCGCAGAAGCGUCCUCGCUCUCCUCCGUUUGCGCUCCUGGAGCACCUGCCCCGCGUCUGCACCGCAGCGCGUGCACCGCGCUCUCAGGGCGGUCUCACCCGGAGGCCAGGUGUCUGGCCCCGACGUUCCACCUGCCACGAGGCCCCUGCAGAUCGUCCGGGCUGGCUGCUGGGCAGGACGUGCCUGCUCCCCAGCAGACGGAAUUGGGGCGGAACAGGGAAGGGUGGGGACGUCUACCCGGAUUAACAAGCAACUUUCGUUUAAAACCAAGAGGCCCGGUUUGUAAUUAGGUCAGGGGGCCGGGGCGCUUCCUCUGGCACCACUGAACCGCAGCACGAGGAGGAUCUGGUGCAGGCGCUGCCCGCGGACGCUGCUGACCUGGGAGCGCCGCGGGGUGGCGAGAGGAUGCGGCCCCCGGGCUGCCGUGGCACGGACCCCUCCCCCGGGUCUCAGGGACAUGGUCCUGAACAGAGCCCGCUCCUUCCCGUGGAGCGAGCCCGCUCUGCCUGGGCCUUUCUGGGGGAGAGCCGUCGGGCAGGCGUGGGCGAGGCCGAGCUGGCGCGGAGCCCUGAAGGGUCCGUCCCCAACUGACCCCCGAGCCACCAGGACGCCGCCUGUUUUUAGUUUGAGGAAGAUAAAAUGAAGGAUUAAAGGGAUGGUGGAUUUAAGGACACUCCAAAGCAAACUAGACUCUCAAGCUCUUUGCUCAGGAAAAUGAAAUUAUUCAUUUGUUUUAUAACCAAUUUUAUUGCGACCGUUUAUUUUCUCGAAGCAGUUAUAGGUAAGAAGGAGUUGUUUGUAUUAAUAUUGCACAUUGAAUCCUUGAUCAAAAACAGUCUACAAUUUUCUGUUCAGAGCGUUAUUAUUGAAAAAUGAAAGUAAAAGGGAAGAGUUACUGGAAUUUGUGUACCAACACAGAACCCUCUUUAUGAUUUCUGGCUGCCGAGAGUCUUUAUCACUGAUUGAAGAGGGUUUGUUCAAGGAA